GGGCGUGAAGUGGCGGACGGGAGUUGUGUACGUUGUGCACCUUCCUGCCACUUGCAUGGUGGUGGUGAAGGGUAAGUUGGUGUCAGGUCGAAAUCUAGAGGCAGUGAUUGUACGAGCGACGUCGAUGAAGACAACGACAGCCACAUCUAGACAAAGGAAGUCUGAGCCGCUGGAUGGCUGCAUAAAAUUUGCGUGUAUUCAGGACUUGGACUCAUGACCACGCCGGCCGAGGGAGGGAUGAACGACGAGACAGCCCAAACCGUCUGUUGACACUGCAGCCGUCCUCCUUUCGACAUUUGUUGCUGCUCUGAGACCCCAGAAACACUAACGCUCGUCCAGCCGGCUGGCCCCACCGGCGCCGGUAUUGCAUUGCUCGCAGGUCUACACUAAUUUCGGCAGUACUCUCGAGCACUACGUUGACUUCUGUAAGUUUCAACAACUUACACUCAGUACACAGAAUCACGAUGGACAACACUGGCGGAUUUGUCAACUGGGAUGAAUUGAUGAACUUCAACAACUGCCCCGAAGUUGAAAGUCCUCCUGAGCCUGUGUUGGUCAAAAGUUCCGACCACGUACAGAUGGCCAUCCCCAUGAAGGUGGCGAAUGAGCUUCCCUGUCUGAAGCCUCAGAUUAAAGUCCUGGGAAAUACAGUCACUUUUUCUCUUCAUUUCACCUACAGGGUGUUGAAUCUUAUUGUGGAGUAUAUAUCUCAUCGCCAUCAGUUGGAGGAGGGAGCACACGUUGAUCUUGAAUAUGAGGCAAAGUGGGAGAGGAAUUUUAUACAGAAUCUGGUUUCUCGUGACCAUCGUCUCCUGGCAGAGUUUCUCGUUGCUGCAGAGAAUCUGAGAGAGGAAAGCUUGAAGGCAGAAGAAGAUGACAGUACUAUGCUUAUCAAGAUGGCGGACUUGAUCUACUUACAUGGGCCAAGCGAAACUAUAGUCGAUAUCAUUGAUGCGAGCCGCCCUUUUUCGACACUGUGCAGAGUUCAGACUGUUUUCGCCAUGCUGGCUGCCAGGUUCUCCGUGUAGAGGCACCAGACUCAUUCCAGAAUAAGACGUGUGAAGGACAGUUCGAAAGGAGAAGGCUUCUGCUGGAUACACAUGCAGUUCUCCUGGAUUAGAUAUUGUCUUCACGCAGCUCAGCCUGAGCUGAGCAGCUCCUUGAGCUUGUGAAUCUUAGAGAGGUGCUCAUCGGGUUGUACGUAACUGCACCAUACUCUAGAGAGGAGCUUGGUUCAUAAAGUAUAAGAUGCUUUCCAUUCCUAGUGUUUUCUUGCGAGGUCUGCACAGGACUGUCAGAUAUCAUCCUCCUCCACAUCCACAAUCGGAGAGAAGACUUAAGAAACCGUAUGCAGCAGGUUGUAUCUCUCUUUAAUAAGUGCGACAAUCAUCCAGGCUAAGCAUAAGCGUGAAGCGCGAGCUUGGAAAACUUUGAUGCUUUGAUUCCUUGCCUAUAACAACUGCAC